AUGCAUACGGCGGCUUGGACAAAGGCAACACCCAACCCAUUGGAAUUUGCUCAUUUGGCUCCGGGACUACCACCUGAAGGAAAAAGCUGGAGAUUUCCGGUCUCAAACGCUUUCGAUUUUUACUUCAACGUGCCCGUUAUUGAAAAUGACCAAAAUUUUGCCCUCAUACCCUUAAAAGAUAAACCGUGGUUCCAAACAUCGGCCAUUCAUGCUGGAACUGCUACAGGUUUGGAAUCAGUCGAAAAUUGCUGCAACCUUCAAGUUAUUAACCAACAAUGGGCGUGGUCCAUUCCAAUGCAGGCUCAAAAUACGUUUUCAAAUAGGAGUAUACAGAAAAACUCCUGGCUACCUACGCCAACUGGUAAGGAAAGGGGCCAACGUCGGAAGCAACUAUCCGUCUGCGAAAACAAUUCCGCCGACGUUGCUGGUCAUCCACUGACCAAAUCGCAGAGUCUAAUUCCCAUCCCUCAGAGCACAGUGAACCCGGAUUCAACAAGGCCGCGCUCCCAACCGCAAACUGACUCAGCCAAUCGCAGGAAACCGAGACUUGUACCCCUAUCAAAGUCAGAGGCUGGACAUCGGAGGCUGCCCCGUAAAGAGGACGCCAUCUACAACGCUCGGUACAAGAGCCAACCCUGUGUGCACUACCAGAAAUACAAACGGUGUCCGCUCGGUGAGGACUGCCAUUUUGCUCACGGACCCGCGGAACUGCAACACCCUCAAUGCCACCCUAAGUUCAGGACGCGUCCAUGUAAGAACUUCCUCCUAACUGGCACCUGUCCCUUCGGAUCAGGUUGCUAUUUUCUGCAUGACACAACUCUACCCUCAAUUGAGCUGUCCUGCCUUCGUUUGCUGGAUGACUGA